UUCGGCACGAUCAUGCUGGUGGAUGCCCAGGGUAAGGGUCGACCGGAUCGGUCACCCGCCACCGGCGGCAGUGUGGCCCAUCGGGAGGAAUCACCCGCCGGGUGGGACCAGGCCCAAGAGGGCUACCAUAGCACCCAGCGCCGCAAUCAGCGAGGUGGACAUCAAAAUGGCCGCCGGCGGCACCAUGAGUUUCGGGCGUCGAAGAAUCGGCGCGUACGGGCCCCCCAGGAGGGUGGCCGUGGGCGGAUGAAGAAACGGGGCAGCGGGGUGAUCGACAACAUUCUGGCCCAUGACGCCAUCGGUGGUGGACCACCUCCACAGCCGCCACCGCAGCUGGCCGAUCUGCGGCAGACGCGCGAACGCAAACCGAACAUCAUUCUGAUCCUGACCGACGAUCAGGACGUGGAGCUGGGAUCGCUCAACUUUAUGCCGCGCACGCUGCGGCUGCUGCGCGACGGUGGGGCCGAGUUCCGGCACGCCUACACGACCACCCCGAUGUGCUGCCCGGCCCGGUCCUCCAUCCUGACCGGCAUGUACGUGCACAAUCACAUGGUGUUCACCAACAACGACAACUGCUCGAGCACGACCUGGCAGACGACGCACGAGACGCGCUCGUUCGCAACGUACCUCUCGAACGCCGGCUACCGGACCGGGUACUUUGGCAAGUACCUGAACAAGUACAACGGCUCCUACAUACCGCCCGGUUGGCGCGAGUGGGGCGGCCUCAUCAUGAACUCCAAGUACUACAACUACAGUAUUAACAUGAACGGGCAGAAGAUCAAGCACGGGUUCGACUACGCCAAGGACUACUACCCGGAUCUGAUCGCGAACGACUCGAUCGCGUUCCUGCGCCAGUCGAAGCAGCAGAACCACCGGAAGCCGGUUCUGCUGGCGAUGAGCUUCCCGGCCCCGCACGGACCGGAGGACUCGGCGCCGCAGUACAGUCACCUGUUCUUCAACGUCACCACGCACCACACACCAGCGUACGAUCACGCACCGAACCCGGACAAACAGUGGAUCCUCCGCGUGACGCAACCAAUGGAACCGAUCCAUCGGAAGUUUACCGAUUUGCUAAUGACGAAGCGCCUGCAAACGUUGCAGAGCGUUGACGUGGCAGUCGAGCGGGUUUACCAGGAGCUAAAGACGUUGGGCGAGCUGGAGAACACCUAUAUUAUCUAUACGUCCGAUCACGGUUACCAUCUCGGACAGUUCGGGUUGAUUAAGGGCAAAAGCUUCCCGUUCGAGUUCGACGUGCGGGUUCCGUUCCUGAUGCGUGGUCCUGGCAUCGAACCCGCCACGAUUAUUGACGAAAUCGUCCUCAAUGUGGAUCUGGCACCGACCUUCCUGGACAUUGGAGGCGUUGCUCCACCGCCGCACAUGGACGGCCGAAGCAUUCUGCCGCUGGUACUGAACCGACACCGCACGGUACUGGACAAGUGGCCCGACACAUUCCUCAUCGAGAGCUCCGGUCGGCGGGAAACACCGGAGCAGAUUCAGGAACAAAAGCAACGCGCAGCAGCCGCACGCUACAGUGCACGGUUCAACCUGUUGAACGGGAACGGAACGGCCAAGAAGCUGGAACCGGAAGUGUUGGUCGAAAGCAGCCGUCAGUCUACGUUGAGUGCCUCCAGCGUACCGGGACUCGAGCACAUCGACACUGGCGAUCGCAAAGAGUUGGAUUUUAGCUCUCACGAGCACGAGGAUGAUGAGGACGAGCACGACGAGGACGAAGAUGAUGAUCACCAUGCCACAAUCGAAGGUGAAACCGAUACGUUCGAUCAGAAACAAGGACGCGAGCUUCCCGAGGACUACGUGAUCGACCAUCAGGAGGCGCAUUCUUUCGACCAAUCACCACCCCAGCACGACAUCCAUCAACAAAACCAGCAAAGCUUGGACAACCAUUUGACGCCGUUCCGCUCGAAGAUGGACCGCCUGAACACGGAGUGUGCCGAUCCGGCUCUGCAACAGAACUGCGUCCCCGGCCAAAAGUGGCAGUGCACCAGCGAGGACGGCCGGUGGCGAAAGCACAAGUGCAAAUUCCACGGCCAACUGCAGCAGCACCUGGCGGAGAUUCAUAAGAAGGCGGGCCCAUCGACGAACGGUCGCAAUUGUGCCUGCUUUACGCCGGACAACUUUUUCUACACCAAAAUCAAAACCAAACGCGAUCACACAAAGUGGCAACCGGCGGCAACCGGUGGUCACCGAGCGGUGCAUCACCAUCGGCGCCGCGUCCGUCAGAAGCGAUCGAUCGCGGACGAGGGCGACGAGAUACUGCUGAUGGAGGCGAAAGGACCGGCGAUGGAGUCCCUGUUACAGAUCGCUGCUCAAAUCGAUGAUCUGCAGGUGGCACUGGCGCAGUCGGAGGAGAGUGAAGGCGGCAAACGGACCAAACGAGAUGCUAGCUCGCCGUCACCGUCCCUGCACCACCUGAAGGGAGUGGUCCACGAACUGCAACAACAGCUAACGGAAAUAAUGGAGAUGAUUGUGGAAAAUGCCACCCAGCAGAAUGAUACGGUCGACGCGCAGGAAGGGCACGGGAUCAUGGGCGGCACUCCCUCGAAGCGUUGUUUUGUAGUGACCGCGGAUCGCAUCAACUGCACGAGUGUCGGUGAUGAGCAAAGCUGGAAGCGCAGCCGCAUGACGGUGGAUCAGUUGAUGCGCGUGCUGACCGAAAAACGAAACGAACUAAGAAACUUCAAACGAACGCUGCGUGUGCAACGGCCUUCCGGUUCCCAGGGAGAGGACUCGCAGCUGGAGGAGGACGGCGAAGAAGAGGGAGAACUGCCUGAUAGUGGCCCCAUCGAGCCCCGUUCGACGUCUACCACAUCGACGGAAGCGCCAUUAACGUCCUCCAGCACGGUGGGGCCUUCGAAGGUGAUGGAAACUACCGAAUCGGGGGACAAUAACAUUCCGCGAAGGACUUCGCACGGAGGAGUAGUUCGACGACCUCCGGGAAAGUUCCCCAACGGCUACGGACAUCGACGAAAGGUUGUGAAGCCCACGCCAGCCAUUGUGGAGGAAGACGACGGCAGUGGGCCGCUGAUUGAUGCGAGUUUAUUUGCCACGGAAAAACAACCCGCGCUAAAACCGGCCAGUGGCCAAGGCUCCCUCAAUCGUACCGCUCAUGGAGGAGGACGUCAUCGCGGGCAAAACCAGCGUACGCCGCCCCGGGGACGCCAUCGGGGUGAAGGUGCGACCGUGUCGACGUCCACUACCACUGUUUCAACGACCGAGUGGGGGGCCAAUACCGAUGGUCGGUGGGAUGUGAGGAGCGAAGAGACGCAAAACACGUCACGAACUAGUCUCGAAGGAGACGACACUUCACCGGGGACAAUGUCAAGCCGGGAGAUAUCGAGUACGACCGAAGCGUUCGAAAACCACCACUCAGUCAGUGAGGAAAAUAGUUUCUCUCAAAAUGCCAUCGAUGCGACCACAGCAUCGACGACGACAACCACGCCGACGGCAGACCAAAGCACGGCGCUCUACGAUAGUGGCAGUGGCGGUAAUCGCAAAAAUGUGGUCGAUCGUCGUAAGACGGUCGGCAAGGAUCGUCCUUCCGGCGUAAACAGGACCCUGGAGACGCCGUACAGUGGCAACUCGGUGCAGCAGAACGCGAUUCCGACCGCGGCCAUCGAUACUACGCUGCCGCCGACCGAGUGUUAUUGUGCCGAAGAGACGGAAAGCCCACAACCGGACGAGAAGGAACUGGCCCGCGAAACACGCCGUCGGUUGAAGGAAGAACGCCAGCGAAAGAAGGAACGGAAGCGCAUUAAGAAGGCCAAAAUGGAGAAGGAGUGUCUGUCGGAGCGAAUGAACUGCUUUAGCCACGACAGCAACCACUGGCGGACGGAGCCGAUGUGGGACGAUAAACCGUUCUGCUUCUGCAUGAACGCCAACAACAACACGUACAGCUGCCUGCGUACGAUCAAUCAGACGCACAACUUCCUUUAUUGCGAGUUCACCACCGGACUGGUGACGUACUACAACCUCCGGAUAGAUCCUUUCGAGACGCAAAAUCGCGAGUCAUCAUUGACGGCCGAAGAAAAGGUGGUGCUGCACGAGACUCUGGAAGAGAUGAAGCGUUGCCGGGGUAAGAGUUGCACCUUGCCAAGGUACCAGGAACCGAACGCGCUACCGGAAAGUAAUCUGUUGCCUCCGGCCAACGGGUUUGGUACGGUUGGCGUACACGCUGGUAGCCGCCAGGGCAGCGGAAAUACACCGUACGGUACCGGAAACGGUGGAAACCGCCGGAAGUAUCACAAUCACCGUGACCAUUCAAUUCAUGGAGCUAGUGGCGUUGGUGGUGGGCACUAUCCGGUGGACUUCGAUGGUAGUCAAACGUUGGCGGGAGGCGUAGGUUUGGGAGGAAAUGGAAAGAAGAAACACAAAUACGGAAAACGGAAACAUCACCAACAGCAGCAGCUCAACAACCGCCGACCGUUUGGCGAGCUAAUCCCGCCUCACGAGAACGACUUCAGUUUCGUGGGGACGGCCCCAAAUGGUGCAACGAAACGAAACCGAACCAGCCGACGCCCGGUUUGGCACACGAUCUACAAUGAGUAAACGCGGCCGCAGGGGACCAUCGAGUGUAGCCGUAGGGAACGGCGGUAGGGAUUUCCGGCGAUACUGCGGUUUCAUCGCUAGAAAGCGCUAGAGAAGCAAGCCAAAUGAACAAUUCGCUGAAUGUUUCGGACCCUAAAGGGCCCGGCCCUGCACAGAUGCCAGCUCUCCAAUGAUUCCACUUUAUGAUACACCGUUUCCCCUCGGGUUUCGCACUGUGGUCUUAUACGGUGUUUAGUCUAACCCCGCCAAUCUGUGAGUGUUGUUUGUUUAGUGUUUAGUACCUCUCUGUUUUCCGUGUGAUCCUGGUCCAUGAUUUUAGCCUUUUUUUUAAUGAAACACCUGUGUACAUUUAUCCGUAUAAUCAAUUUUGAAACACUUACACUAUCUAUCGGUCACAAGCGUCGGUUUACACUGCCAUUCCAAUACAAUCGCACGGCGUAGAAAAGAGAAGCGCACGUAGGAAAUAGUAAUCUCUCUAUGCUCUGCUCCUGUAUUGACAAGAUGUUAGAAGUUGCUACAAGCUUCACGAGCCCUCAGCGCGGAAAGACAGACAGACAGCCAGACAGGAGGAAGCUUUAAUACUACUUUUAGUACCGUGGCGCACCAUUAGCAAGCUUUUUGUUAGGCAAAAACGGGAGCAGCUUCGGGCAGCUCAAUUGAUUUUUAUUUAGAUCCACAGAAGGUCAUAAAACAAGUCCUAUUCCGUUUAGAGUAACGAGAGAGAGAAAACCGAAGCCACCCAGUUUGUUUUUAUACCAUUUGUCGAAUUAUUUUAAUUUAGUAAAAUGUUAUUUCUCAUAUGUUGCAUAUGGGAGAGUUGUUGAUUAAAUUUUGCUAAUCGAACGUCAAUCUUGUCACUUUCUUUAGUUUGUUUUUUUUUACAUCCAGGCUUGCGGGCAGCUAUACAGAUAAUAAUAUAGACUAUGCUAGACAGGUUAUUGUACAUUUUUGCACAGUAUCACACGUGAUCGUUAGGCAGUCUACGGAAUAGAAAAAGACGCUGGGUCGUCUAGAAGUUGGUACCUUUUAAGUAUUCACGAAAGGGCACUAUCGGCUUUUGUAAAAUGUAUCCUACUUCGGCCCUUCAAACGCUUGUUGCCAAUACGGGCUGCUACUCGAGAAUAUCGCUAGAAGGACUACAUUCAGAAUGCUUACAGGCAAUCUACGGUUGUUUCUUCGAUUUUUCUGAUCAACAACCCUUAGUGUGACGCGGCAGCAAAUAUGCAGAAACCAUAUAUUUAUUGCUUUAGCAUCGUA